GUAGUCUUCUAGCAGCCACCGAUCUUGUUAGGCGCUGUGAUCUAGAACGUUUUUUUGUAUACUUUCAUCUUUAAAGUUGUCUCUUCUGCAAGCAAAAUAGAAGAGAAUAAAUAAUUUUUCGUAUUUUGUAAGGUUGGAACGUCAAGUCGUAGCCGGUUUAAGUUAUUCAAGUUAUUGUUGUGUCGAAUUUCGUUGAAAAGAAAAAUAAUAAAAAAUAAAUAUAAAAGACACCUUACCAAGGAGGAGAAGAACCGUGAUAAACACAGAAAAAAAGUGGAUAAACAAAACUGGUCAACAACAAAAUCAAUAACAAAAGUCUGGUUAAUAAAUAGCUGAACAUCAUAUUAUUUAAACACAAGCUGACUAAUAAAGUUUAAAUUAAAAAAGUCUUUGAAAGCGACUAUAAGACAAGUAAUUAGUUAAAGUACAAAUUGUUUAUUAAGAAGUAAUCAUCUCGGAAAUUCCCAGUACAAAAUGGCUAAGGAUUUUAAAUCUUUGGGUUGGGACUACCUGACAUUUGUGGCAUUUAUAGCCUUUUCCAUAUUAGCGCCUCUUUGGGGACGGAUUUUUGGAAAAAAGAAACAACGCAGUAAAGCUGAUUAUGUAUUCGCUACGGGUGGAGUUUCUAUGAUUGCUAUUAUGCUUUCAAUAGCAAGAGGCACUUUGGGAAUCAGAUCAGUAUUGGGAUAUCCCAGUGAAUUAUUUUAUCGUGGUUCAGCAAUGUGGGAAACAAUGUAUGGCAUGGUAAAUGCCUAUCCAAUUGUUUGUUUUGUCUUUGUACCAGUUUAUUUUAAUUUAGGAAUAACAUCAGUAUACCAGUAUUUAGAUUUAAGAUUUAAAAGCCGAUUAGUAAGAUGUUUAGCAUCUGGCACAUAUGUUGUCAGACAAAUUUGUAAUCUUGGUAUUACAAUUUAUACACCUAGUAUUGCACUAUCUACAGUUAUUGGAAUACCAUAUUGGAUAUCGAUAAUAGCCAUGUCAAUAAUUUGCAUAUUCUUUACUAUAAUGGGAGGUCUUAAAGCUGCUAUAAAUGCUGAUGUGAUACAAACAGUUACAAUAGCUGCAUUAACAAUUGCUGUGAUAAUUAAGGGAAGCUAUUCAAGUGGAGGGCCAGUUAAUGUUUUUGAAGUAAAUAGAGAUAAUGGUCGUCUACAGUUCUUCAAUUUCACUGGAGACUUGACAGUUCGUGUGGAUACAUUUUCAGCCUGGUUGGGACAAUUAUUUGUUUCGCUAUCCCAAUUUGGUUGCCAACAAAAUUUCAUGCAACGUUAUGUCAGUUUAAAAUCCAUCAAGGAUGUUAAAAAAGCAAUGAUGUCAAACAUUCCUAUUAUAAUAAUGUUUUUCUCACUGGCUUGGAUCGCUGGAAUGGUUGUUUAUUCAACCUAUGCUAUGUGUGAUCCUUUGAAAGAAGGAUUUAUUGGUAAACAAGAUGAAAUCUUACCAUUUUUCGUUGAAGAUCAAAUGGCAUUUAUUCCUGGAUUUUUAGGAAUAUUUAUGGCAACUUUAUUCAAUGGAGCAUUAUGUAUGAACGUUUCGAAUUUGAAUUCACUUGCAACUGUUUUAUGGGAAGAUUUCUUAUCUCAAUUACCACAAUUCAAAGGACUAACCGAUAAGCAACAAUUGAGUGUAAUUAAAGUUGUAACAGUAAUUUUUGGCAUCAUAAUAAUGGGAGUUGCCUUCUGUGUUGGCUUACUAACUGGUGUUAUUGAAUCAUCAAUGUUGGCCUUUUCGGCAACAUCGGGACCACUUUUGGGUGUUUUCAUUUUGGCUAUGUUAGUGCCAGUUGCUAACUGGAAGGGAGCAGCUGCUGGUAUGAUUAGUUCAAGUAUAAUUGUACUAUGGAUUGUUUUUGGUGGUUUAACGAUUGACAAGACAAAAGAAAUGUUACCAACAACAACAGAGGGUUGUUCAAAUCAUACAUUUUCACAAGAGAUUUCAAAGCCUCAUUCAUUAUGGUUGCUUCAAACAGAACCGAUGGUGAUAAAUGAUACAGCAUACCCUUACAGUACAACACCGGUGCCAGAAAUUGAAAAAACUUUCCUGCACUCAAUAUACUCGCUCAGCUUCAUGUUCUACAGUUUCCUUGGAACAGUUCUAACCGUUGUCAUCGGUGUUAUAGUCAGCUAUAUCACUCGUGAUGACAAAGAAAAUCGUUACGACAACAAACUCCUACAUCCACUCAUAUUCAAAUGGUCCGAAAGAUUCCCCGGACCCAAACCAUAUUUCAUUAAAGAACCAAUGCCAGUUAGUACAUCAACCGUCGCAACAACAACCUCUGAUAUGGAAAAGAAAUCAGAGAAAAAUAUUUCACACGCUAAUGAUGUCAUCAAAGCAUCCACUAAUAUAGAAGGUUAUGAUCUUCGAUCAUCUAGCAAAGACAAGCCCCUUCCACUGGAAGUUAAAUUAACAAAUAUUCCAUAUGGAAGUAAUUCAACAGUGGGGUCGAAUUUAACAAUUGAAACAAAGGAAUUAACAGCAAAUAGUGUACCCGAAAUAAAUCAAGUGACAUCGCAUUUGGAUUUAAAUAGUGGGUCGUAUCGCAAAAUUACUGAAAACGAUUUAGUAUAACAUUGGAUUAUAAUGAAGAAGUAUCUUAGCUUAGUAUCCUCACAUUAUUUGGUUUAUUUUUUUAAAAGACAGCCAAAGGAAAAGUUAUAGAAACUGUAAUCAUCAUUUAAGUACGCACAUGAAAGGUUAUAUUUGUUUGGUGUGACAGAAUGUAGUAUUAUUUAUUUUAUACUAAAUUUUAAUUGUUAUGCCUUACUUCAGCUUUAUUGUUACACAGUUUUUAUAUACAAAUCCACAGUGGAACUGUGAUCAAAAAUGUAUGGGAAAGAAAUUAAAGUUAAUAUAUUAAAAAUAUUUUAUCUACAUUCUAAGUCAAAAGCUAAGCUUUUUU